AUGGCUGAUAGAAAACCAGAGGAAAGUAAGAUGAAAAUGGCUGAUAGAAAACCAGAGGUAAGUAAGAUGAAAAUGGCUGAUAGAAAACCAGAGGAAAGUAAGAUGAAAAUGGCUGAUAGAAAACCAGAGGAAAGUAAGAUGAAAAUGGCUGAUAGAAAACCAGAGGAAAGUACCCCUGGUACUUCUGGUACUCCUGGUACUCCUGGUACUCCUGGUACUUCUGGUACUCCUGGUACUCCUGGUAAUCCUGGUAAUCCUGGUAUUCCUGGUACUCCUGGUACUCCUGGUACUCCUGGCACUAUUAAUACUCCUUGUACUCCUGGCACUCCUGGUACUCCCGCCCCCUCUCUGACUAAAGCAAGAAUUAAAACUAUGGAACCAGGAAGCUUGGAACUGAAACCAUGGAAGCAGAAACUGAAACUGCGGAACCAGGAACCCAGGAAUGGAAAGUAUGGAACUAGAAACCUAGAAGCUGAAUCCCUGGAACCAGGAACCCUGAAACUUAAAUUGUGGAACUAG